AUGGGCGGGUCUCCUGUGCCACCUGACGCUCUAACCACGUUGCGUUCUCUACGCCGCUCUCGUGAGUCGGCACCCAACCCACGCGAGGACGGCGUUUUCGUCAGCGAACUUUUCACCCCGCCCCAACGCGUUUGCGCACGGCGCCGAGGGUUAUCUGCGCCCUGGUAUGAAGUUGCCAGUCAGAUUCGCCACCUUUCUCAAAACAACAUCAAUGGUCGUGAUAGUUUACUGCCGUAUCCCCCUGAGACUACAAAUGUUUUGCGCGGACGCCUUUGUACUGCCAAACAAGCCUUCACUGCACUACGCUCUUUAUUGCUUGUCGUCGUCAUCUGCGACUUGUCUCACAGAGCCGAAUCUUCGUUUCAAAUAGAUGCGGUUACUGAUGAAUCGCCGCUGCUGUAUGCUGGCAUGGGAACGUUUUAUUCGAAAGUGAAUGAUGCGUGCGGCCUGUGCAACGGGGACACGACGACAUGUCAGGGGUGUGACAGGAUUCCGAAUUCUGAUUUACUAUUUGAUGCUUGUGGACAGUGCUUGAACCGUUACAAAAUCUCGGAUAAAUUUAAUGAAACUUGUGUGCACUGUGUAAGCAUUGGUGGUGAUACCGCGACAAAUCAUGUUCAUGAUCAUCAGCUCUUUGAUGACUGCAGUGUUUGUCGCGAGCCUACUGGGUCUAUUUUCUCACGUGAAGGAAUUCCAGAUGAGCACUCUGCUGGUUGUAUCGGCUGUGAUGGCCUGCCGAACUCUGGCGGCGAGGUGGAUGCGUGUGGUGUCUGCGGCGGCCAUAACUGCCCACUGUACGCCCCUGAUACGCAUAGCUGGUGUUGCGACUGUGGUGGCGUGCCCUUUGGCUAUCAUAUCAUUAACUUCUGCUGCGAGUGUGUAGACCGAGUGGAGCACUGGGCUGAUCUAUCGAAUGGAAUGUACCAUGGCCCACCAUUAAAACAUUCGCUCGCUGAGUACUUCUGGGCUUCUGGUCGUUCAGCUAUCUGGAAUGGAAAAUCCGAGCUGAACAGGUUCAUCGAAAGCGAAUCUGUUCUAAAAAGCUCUUUUAACAGGAGCAACACUGUGUACUCUUCUUUCCAAGGUGCACUCGAUCACUUUAACGUUGGUUGGCAAAUGAUUAGAGAUCUGGCAUCAGAUGACAACAGCGCAUGUUACACUGAGUUGUAUUCACUCAAUAUACGUUCGAACCCACGAGAUAUUUGUGGCCUUUGCGGUGGAGACAAUCAUACCUGUUUGGGUUGCGGCUCUUCUGUUUCAACGGUCGUCGGCAGACCCAUCCCAGACGGUGGCUUGCUAACUGAUGACUGUGGUGUCUGUGGUGGAGACAACUCUGCAAUUGAUGAAUGUGGGUUAUGCUUCGGAGGUAACGAGACGUGCACCGGUUGUGACGGUGUACCCAAUAGUGGUAAAACCCUGGACGAUUGCUUUGGCUCUGAUGAUGUCCGAUACCUCAAUUUCAUAGGCCAGAACGGCGAGGUCGGCAGCGGUUGUAGCAGUCCAGAUGAUUUCAAAGAAGCUUGUGACAGAGGAAUGGGAGGUUGCUGUGGUUGCGACGGUGUGCCAAAUAGUGGAAAGAUUAUGGAUGGUUGUGAUGCGUGCCAAGAUAACAGGGAUAAUGGGGCUCAACCUCUUAUGAACGCUUCGUGUAGUGGUUGUGAUGGGGUGAGAUAUUCUGAACGCACAUAUGAUGCUUGUUGUAUUUGCGGAGGUGAUAAUAAUCAUACCUCGCAGUGCUACCUUGAUGUCCUAGUAGAUGGAAAGGAUUCAAAAGUCCCUUUUGACCCGUACACGAUGGACUACCAUACAUACUUCACAAGCGAGGGUCAGGCUUUGUUCGACAAGUGCGGGGAGUGUCAAGGUUGGGGUUACAAUGGAUCCACGUGUAUUGGUUGUGAUGGGAUACAUGGAUCUGGACUGACCACCGAUGGAUGUGGCGUUUGUGGUGGAGAUUGUUCCACGUGUCGUGCAUUUGAUAAUGGAUUCCCAUAUGAUUGCAGCAGUCCUGGAAGAGGUUGGACUGGGAUGGAUCGAUGGUGUGUUUUUGUUCGUACGAACGGAGCAGUCACCGUUGAUGCAUGGACAGAAUGGACUGUACUUCCUAAUGGAACAGAUGCCGAUGGGGUUCACGCGAUUAGCGAAACCUGGUAUGAAGCUGUGAAUAUGCCUGGUGCAUCGACCUUUAUAGAACGUGCAAAGGGGGAAUGUCGCAUGUUUUUAGAGCCAUCGCCGCCUCUGAGUACACGCAAGAAACGCGAGUGGGUGGUAAAAGUUCUCGGUAAAGAAGAAGGCCCAUAUACAUUGACUGAACUCGAAAGUGGUAGCAUUCCCGUUUUAGACACAACGACCGGUGAGAAAGUGUCUACUCCACUUUUGCCAACGACGCUGGUAGCAAAAAUUGCUACUGAACAUCUACAGCAGUCGAUAUCCUAUGGGUUGACAAGCCAAUAUCCUUCCCGUGUUAAGUUCUGGCAAGAGAGAACGAAAGGGAAGAUCGUCAGGAGUCCAGCCGAAACUGGAAUAUUAAAUACUGUAUUGGUUGAUGGUUUUUCUACCAAAUUGAAGUUCGAGGGCAUUUUCUUGCCUGUGGCUUCAAUGCCGGAUAUGGAGCACAUCAUUUAUCCGUAUUGCACAGGGUCUUCGUGGAGAGGAGAUAAACACAGGUUACAUGGCAAAAAGAUACCGGGGAACUACCUUGGUAUUCUCACGACGGAAGAAAUUGUUGAUGAAGUUGGGUUGUUAAAUGGAACUUGGAACCCGCUGAGCCAGUACAUUUAUGACGUCUCUACAGGUUGGAUUGACCAAAAGUGCACCUGCUCGUCCACAUGGGAAUACGAGAGUGCACCGAUACCUCCGACAUGUUUAAAAGCAUGGUUCCCGUGGUCAGUCUGGUUGGAAGGUCAGUGGCACAACUCCUCAAUUACAAACAACGUUGCCGAGAGCUUUGCAGUCAAUCAGGUGCGAUCAUGGUCAGGCGGUGGCUGGCGCGUAUCGGGUGGAUGGUGGAUGCAAGACUAUGGUGGCGGCGGUGCUCGUCAGUAUGAUAGCUACCGUGCAAAUGUGUAUAAUGCUUACGGGCAGGAUGGGGAUCAUGGAUACGGCCAGCUGCGAGGACCGUUCAGAAUAGACGCAACUGGUAUAUUAUCGGUAAAAACAGUAUCGCCCUCUUUCAGUGAUCUCGAUGGCACAACUCAACAUAAUAAAUGUUAUUCAGCUGCGCGUAUUUCGCAGCCGCAGCGUAAUUCUUCGGGUGCAGUAUGGAGUGAUCACCGGGAAAAUGUGACAGGAGGGUGGAAAAGUUCUUUUGUUUUCAUUGUGUCAAGCCGAGCUGAGCAAUGCACAAGUGUCCAAACUGUGUCUCGCUCUUUUACUAACGCAAUACACACACACUCCCAUGGUUCAUGUUCACCGGUUGGUGGAGACGGUUUUGCAUUUGUUAUUCGCGACGAUACAAGUACAAGACCGACAUCCUCUGACGUGGGCACAAAAGGGCCUGGCUUGGGAUACCAAGGUUUGCGCCACAGCCUUGCAGUGGAGUUUGACACUUGGCACAAUCACCUCCACGCAGAGCCUUAUGAACCGCACGUUGCAGUGCACACUAACGGUCCUAACCCAAACCAAGCGCACCACGAAGCUCAUCUUUGUUCCACUAUUGACUUGCCUUCUUUCACUGACGGAUUGGAACAUGAAGCAGUCAUCACAUACACUCCUGACGUAACCUGGGAAGCUAUUGCAAGCUCACUUGAAUCUGGAUCAUUCACUGGCGCCUCAAGCCAUCUGUCACAUUUUAUAGGCGAGCGUCCAGGACUCUUUAACAUUUACGUGGAUAAUAUGGAGUUACCACUUUUGUCAGUGCCUCUAACCAUCGACACGGUUCUUCGCUCCGAGACAAAAAGUGCAUGGGUUGGCUUUACCAGUGGGACAGGGGAUACAUGGCAGGUCAUUGAUGUGAUCUCUUGGAACUUUACCUCCUUUUCAUAAUAGUGAAAUGUGCUUUUAACCAUUAUUCCCACUCGCAUGUCUUCUGUAGUACC